GUCUCUGAGAAGGAAUUAGACGAACCAUUCUGACUGAUUAUAACUUCUUUUACGACGGUCAAAUUCUUAUAUGCGGACAGAAGACAGAACUUCGGACCUAUUCUCUCAGGCAGAUGGACCCGGGAAAGCAUAAUGCUUAGAUUGGCCGGCCUGUCUCUAAGCAAAGGCGCUGUUGGUGUCCCAGCCUUAAAGAACGACGGCCCAUAUUCACGAUGCCACCACCGGAGGCCAUCCCCUUCGAGCUGCCCAAGUUGCGCGUAACCUUUGUUCCCGAGGACGACACCAGAUUCCUCUCCCAAGAAGAUAAUGUCCCUGAGUACUUUGAUGUCCAGUUCUGCCCAUAUCAACCUCUAGAUGCGGAUCCUGUCUUUGCGGCCGUCAGCAAGAAACAUGUGGUCGUGUGCCGACUGACGAACAACACCAAAGACGACACAUCUCCGCCAUAUUCCAUUCUGCAGGUGAUACGAGACGACGAUGUCGAGGCGAGAAACUACACCUGCACCUGGUCGCAGGAAAAGGAAACGGGCAAACCGCUCCUCUGCGUGGCCGGUGAAGAUGCCAAGAUCAAAGUGUAUGAUGUUAUCGAGGGCAAGCUGGUCAAUGUCUUGAUCGGACAUGGCAUGGACAUCAACGAUUUGAUCACUUCUCCGAUCAAUCCGCUCAUUAUAGCCACUGCUUCCGACGACACUACCGUUCGUAUCUGGAGUUUGGAUCCCGUCCACGCCAAGCAGCCCUGUCUCUGCAUCCUUGGAGGCGAGGGUCACCAAUGGAGCUUGCUAACUAUCGCAUACCAUGAUACGGGCCGGUACAUCGUGUCAUCAGGCCACGAUCAAGUCGUCAACUUGUGGACACUACCAGACCUCCCCGAGGAACCUGUGCGCCAUCCUCUAGAGGUCCAUUAUCCUCAUUUUUCUACGAACGAGGUGCACAGUGGCCUGGUCGAUUGGUUCGCCCCCCCCUCUGCCCCCCCCUUUUUUUUUUCCUUUCUUUCCCGGCGUUCAAGGGGAGUUAACCGUGGGAUUCCGGACUACAGCGUCGCAUUCUUUGGAGACUGGAUCCUAUCACGAGCAUGCCACGACGAUAUCAUCGUCCUCUGGAGGAUCGAGGGCUUCUCCUCAGAAGACCCGCCACCGCCACCCCACACGGCGCCCACCACCAUCAACCCCACCCUGCUGACCCGGUCCGCCUUCGUCCCCAACACGGCGGAGCAAUGCCCGACGCAGACGACGCAGUACACCCGCAUCCUGACCUUCUUCACCCCGGGCUGCGGGCCGCAGUUCUUCAUGCGGUUCAAGCUCCACCACGUGCCGGGUCAGAACCCGGUCCUCGCCUUCUGCAACGCGAACGGUAAGAUCUUCUUUUGGGAUUUCGCGAGGAUCACGGGGUACCACGACUGGAUACGCGCCAUGGGCCGCGCCGCCAAGAAAAAGCAGCUUGAUGGCGGCAGCAGCAGCAGUAGCAGUCUUCCCAAGAGGCCCGUCUGGCUCGCACCCAUCGUCCACAGGAAUCGCGGCGCGGACGGAAAGGCCAAGACGGAACCCACGGCGCGGGAGAACAAGGCGGCCGCCGAUAGGGGCACGCUCACGGACGCCGAGCAGCUCCUGGAGGGCGGGCUCGCCGAGCAGUAUAACAAGGAGACGCUGCAGUCGUGGGACGGCAAGUACAACACGGGGGGUCCGCACACGCCGCUGCGGGCGCAUAAGGUCGAGACGAUCGGGGUGAUGGGUUUCGUGGGCAGGCAGGUGGCCUGGAGCCCUAGUGGCGAAUGGUGCGUGAUCGUGGGUAGUAUCAACCUUGCGCUCGUUCUGCAACGGUGGGCUCCUUCCAAGCGCGAGGCGGCAGUCUUGGAAGGGGAGAGAGGAAGUAGGUAGUCGAUGGGGCGAUUUCUUUUUGUUCAAAAGAAAAAAGGGAAAAGAAAAGAAAAAAGGCCCAUAAGCAACUCAGCAAAAGCCAGACGAAUGAGUAUAUAAUAUCGUCCGUACUUUUUACGUCCAUCGCAAAUUAGAAACGAAGCCGGCGUCGCUUCUAACCGCCCGGUCUCCCAUCUCGAAUCGGCAACGACGAAAACGCCGGCAGAGCCACCACCUCCUCCUCCUCGCUAUCCUCCUCGUCCAUCCCCACAGCCGUCCGCAGAGCCGCGUCCAGCCGGCCCCCACAGUCCACCAUCUUGCGGAAGAACGUCCGCGCCGCCUCCAUCUCAGCGGCUCGUUGCUCCGCCUCCCUAUCCA